UGCAUCUCCCACAUGGGUGCAGGGGCCCAAAGACUUGGGCCAUCUUCUACUGCUUCCCCAGAUGCAUUAGCAGGGAGCUUGAUUGGAAGAGGAGCAGCCGGGGCAUGAACUGACACCCAUAUGGGAUAUCAGGGCCACAGGCGGAUGCUUAGCCCACAGCGCCACAGCACUGCCCCCAAGUGCUGCAGUUUUCUAUAGAUGUUCAAAGAAGGCCUGUGGAAGAGGUGGCAUUUGAAUGGAGGCCUUAAGAAAUACAAGAUUGAGGGCCAGCACUGUUACAUGGUGUGCUAAGACUUCGUCCGUGGUUCCAAUAUCCCAUAUCAGUGCCAGUUCAAGUCCCAGGUACUCAAAUUCUGACCCAGCUCCCUGCUAAUGGCCUGGAAAAGCAGUAGAAGAUGGCCCAAUUCUUUGAUCCCCUGCACUCAUGUGGGAGCAUUGGAAGAAGCUCCUGGCUCCUGGCUCCUGGCUUCAGAUUGGCCCAGCUCAAGCUGGCCAUUUGGGGAGUGAACCAGUGGAUAGAAGACCUCUCUCUGUGUCUCUGCCUUUCACUGUCUGUAACUCUACCUUCCAAGUAAAUAAAUAAAAUCUUUAUUAAAAAAAGAGCUGCAGUCUUUUUGCUGUCUCUUUUUUAUCACAUUCCUGUUUUCUGCUUAUCACUUUCCCCAACUGACAUAGCACUAAGACAAUUCCAAGAAUCCGUGGACAGGGGAGGCAAAGAUAAAUUCAUCCUGGAAAAAAUACAUUUUGAAAUUCACAUAUCAGAAAGUUCAUGAAAUGCAUUUUAUUUAAAAAAUAAUGUGCAUGAAUCUCAAUUUUCUUUGUCCUGGACUUAAAGUUAUAUUUUGAUUGAUAUUCCAGGAAUCUUUUGAUGGAUGCUCAUUGUGCUCUCUGCUUCAUUUUAUGAUAGAGACAUGAGUUUUUCCACACAGUUUGCCUGUUAUCUAGAUGGUAGAGUAAGGUCUACAUCUGAUUCAUCAUCCACAACACCUGAAAUGAUUUCUCAUGAAAAUGAUGGAACACCUGACAUCUUGGAUAAAGUGUGAGAGCAGGACAGAAAUGCCUAAUCAGAGAUGAUGCAGGGUGCCCUAUGGGAGUCUGACGCAAAGCAGGAAACUUGAGUUAUUGACUGUAGAAUAUAAACAGCAGAACUUACAACAGGUGACAAAUGCAUGCUCAUGCCAUGUUUUUCUUUCCCUUGUUUUGCAGUCACAUCAAAUGCAUGGAACCAGGCAAUGAAACUCAACCUUCAGAAUUCCUUCUCCUGGGAUUCUCAGAGGACCCAGCACUGCAGCCACUCAUAUGUGGGCUCUUCCUCUCCAUGUACCUGGUCACUGUGGCUGGGAACCUGCUCAUCGUCCUGGCCAUCCUCUCAGACACCCACCUCCACACACCCAUGUACUUCUUCCUCUCCAACCUGUCCUUGGUGGACGUCUGCUUCACCUCCACCACCAUCCCCAAGAUGCUGGUGAACAUCCAGAUGCAGAGCAAAGCCAUCAGCUAUACAGGCUGCAUCACCCAGAUGUACUUUUUAUUGCUUUUUGGAGGGUUAGAUGACCUUCUCCUGACUGUGAUGGCCUAUGAUAGGUUUGUGGCCAUCUGUCACCCCCUGCUCUACAUGGUCAUCAUGAGCCCCCAGCUCUGUGUGCAGCUGGUUCUGCUGUCCUGGGUCAUCAGUGCUCUGAAUUCAUUUUUGCAAAGCCUAAUGGUGCUGCGGCUGUCCUUCUGCGCACACCUGGAAAUCCCCCACUUCUUCUGUGAGCUGGAUCAGGUCGUCCACACUGCCUGCUCUGACACCUUUCUCAAUGACAUCCUCAUCUAUUUUGCAUCCGUGCUGCUGGGUGCAGGUCCUCUGGCUGGGAUCUUGUAUUCCUACUCUAAGAUCAUCUCCUCCAUCCGUGCCAUCUCAUCAGCUCAGGGGAAGUAUAAAGCAUUCUCCACCUGUGUCUCUCACCUCACUGUCGUCUCCUUAUUCUAUGGCACAGUCCUGGGAGUGUACCUCAGUUCUGCUGUUACCCAAAAUACACAUUCAACUGCAACAGCCUCACUGAUGUACACUGUGGUCACCCCCAUGAUGAACCCCUUCAUCUACAGCCUGAGGAAUAAAGAUAUUAAGAGGGCUUUGAAGAGGUUCUUCAGGAGGAAAUCCGGAGAUGUGUCAGUCAACCCAUCUCUAUAGAUAUGCCCGUGAUUGCAGAGGUCAAAUCAUGGAAGCCAGAAAUUGUUCCUCACUAAUCAGAUUAGACAUAAAUGUAACUCAGUGCUUCUGUUUAUUUCCUGCAAUGUCCAUUCCUUUGACAACACUGUCUCAAAUUUAAUUCAUUUUAUCACUUUUCUACUCUUUAUGAUAGGAGACG